AUGAAUGGAUCGUUUUUCAACCAGACUCUCCUAGAGCAGGGAGCUUACCCCAACAGGACCCAGGGCUUGGGGAUCCUCAUGGCCUGCUGCAACGGCACCGGCUGGGGUGGCUCCUCGGUCCUGGCACCUGACGAGAGGAGCCUCUACAUCACGCGGGUGGUGCAGAUCGCCGUCCUCUGUGUCCUCUCCUUGACUGUGAUGUUUGGCAUCUUCUUUUUGGGCUGCAACUUGCUCAUCAAGUCGGAGAGCAUGAUUAACUUUCUGGUGAAGGACCGAAGACCUUCCAAGGAUGUGGGAGCAGCAAUCAUGGGACUUUACUGAAGCCACCGGGCUUUUGUAGGCAAGUGAACUGUCUGGACCCGGUGCCAAGAUGCACAUUCCCAUGUGUUUGGGGCAGCUGGGGUGGGACUGGAAAGCGGGGGGAGGAUUCUUCUAAUGUGUCUGUGUCCAUGGGAGAGAAAACCUGUGCUUCCCAGUCAUCAAACUCUGUCGUGGUGAAUGGGGAAGUCUCCCCAGAGUUGUAUGAAGCACAAUGAAUGACCAGCAUCAUGUUGCAUGCAGAAAUGGCUUAACUUUUGCAUGAAACUUGCAGAAACAGUGAUAAUGUGCAGAUCUGGACUCUUCUCUGCUGUUACCUUGGAUACCACUACCUGGGAUUUAGGGCUAAAAAAAAAAAAAAGGG